AUGGCGCCGUUUGAAGCGUUGUAUGGUAAAAGUUGUAGAUAUCCGAUUUGUUGGGGUGAGGUAGCACCUAUGAAGGGUGUUCUGAGAUUCGAGAAGAAGGGGAAGUUGAGUCCACGUUUUGUAGGGUCAUUUGAGAUUCUUGAGAGGAUUGGCCCCGUAGCUUAUCGUUUGGCCUUGCCUUCAUCAUUAUCUGCAGUUCAUGAUGUGUUUCAUGUCUCCAUGUUGAGGAAGUAUGUAGCAAAUCCCUCACAUAUAGUUGAUUAUGAGCCAUUACAAAUUAAUGAGAACUUGAGCUAUGGGGAGCAGCUAGUUGAGAUUUUGGCAAGGGAAGUUAAAUUGCUUCGUAACAGAGGAGUUGCUUUGGUUAAGGUUCAAUGGCGAAACCACAAGGUUGAGGAAGCUACUUGGGAGAGAGAGGACGACAUGAGAGCUCAUUAUCCCAAACUAUUUGAGGAUUAG